AUGCGGAUGAACAUCGUGUCUUUGGCAGCUUUGGCCGCUACGGCUGCAGGUCUUGUGGUCACCUCGCCGCGGAUUGGUGAGAAGAUUGAUCCCGAUCAGCCCCUGACUAUCAAGUGGCAGGUUGUCACAACCGACCCGGAUACCUUCAACAUUGAGCUGGUCAAUCAGAAUGUGUAUCCCCCGACGACCGAGGUCGUGGCCCAGGAUGUAGACUCCUCUUCGGGUUCCUAUACCGUCAAGGCGAAGAGCUUCACAGGCGUGGACACGGGGAAGGGAUAUCAGAUCAACUUCCUCUCCCCAGACAAUGGCAUUCUGGCUCAAUCGCAGCAGUUCCGAGUGACCGAGCCCGGUGAACUUGCUAGUAGUUCUGGUAAGGAAACCAGCACUGCGCUUGAAACUUCGUCUAUCUCUGCGUCGUCCUUGCUGUCUUCCACCGUGUCGACCAGUGAUCUUACUUCUCUCUUCAACAAUAACACCUUCAACCUCUUCUUUCGUCACAGUCUCAACUACCCCGACCACUUCUACUUCCCUAAUUACUUCUACUCCCAUAACCACAUCUUCUAUCUCAACUACACCAUCCACAUCCUCUUCCACCUCGACUUCCACAAGCACUAUCUCUUCUACAUCACAUUCCACCCACACCUCCUCCACUGUCUCAACUCAGACUUCCACCAUCACUUCGACUAG